AUUUUAGAGAGAGAGGUAGACAGAGCAGCAUCUCCACAACCAAGCUGUGUGUCAUUAAAGAGCGACAGAUCCAUGGUUGAACCUCUUAAAUUCAGUGUUAAAGCAGAAUCCUCACACCCCAGUAUUUUAGAGAGAGAGGUAGACAGUGCAGCAUCUCCACAACCAAGCUGUGUGUCAUUAAAGAGCGACAGAUCCAUGGUUGAACCUCUUAAAUUCAGUGUUAAAGCAGAAUCCUCAGACCCCAGUAUUUUAGAGAGAGAGGUAGACAGUGCAGCAUCUCCACAACCAAGCUGUGUGUCAUUAAAGAGUGACAGAUCCAUGGUUGAACCUCUUAAAUUCAGUGUUAAAACCGGAUCCUCACAACCCAGUAUUUUAGAGAAAGAGGUAGACAGUGGAGCAUCUCCACAUCCACAACCAAGUUGUCUGUCAUUAAAGAGCGACAGAUCCAUGGUUGAACCUCUUAAAUUCAGUGUUAAAGCAGAAUCCUCACACCCCAGUAUUUUAGAGAGAGAGGUAGACAGUGCAGCAUCUCCACAACCAAGUUGUCUGUCAUUAAAGAGCGACAGAUCCAUGGUUGAACCUCUUAAAUUCAGUGUUAAAGCAGAAUCCUCACACCCCAGUGGCAACAAGGAACAGGUAGUCAGGGAUCAUUUAGUAAAUCGAUCCGGGGUCUCUGAUUGUCCUCAGCACCGAAACACAUCUAGUAUACAUCCUGUUCUACAUCCAGAUAAAAAUAUGGGCCAUUUCAGUCCUGCUUGUGUUACUCACUGUCAUAAUGUAACUGCUGGCAGGAUCGGUGAGGUCUGCUUUGGCACUCAGGAACAUUUAAUAGAGCAGGUGACUAAAGAACUUUAUAAACCAGCAGAUGACAUCCUACAAAGAAUCAAAGAUAUUCAUAAAAUCAGCAUGAAGAACAAGUAUGAGAACUUAUUUGAAGGAAUACAUUUACAACAGAAUAAAACCCUCCUGAACAGGAUUUACACAGAGCUGUAUAUAGUCGAGGGAGAGAAUGAAGGGGUAAAUGAAGAACAUGAGGUCGUGCAAAUAGAGAAAGCCAGAACCGAACGCUUACAAGGCACUGCAAUCAACUGCAAUGACAUCUUUCAACCCAUAUCUGAACCGAGCUGUGAGAGAAAGAUAAAAGAUGAAGACAGGAAAAUAAAGACUGUGCUUACCAAAGGCAUUGCUGGAAUUGGAAAAACCGUCUCUGUGCAGAAGUUCAUUCUGGACUGGGCUGAAGGAAAAGCUAAUCAAGAUGUCGAUUUUCUAUUUGUUCUCCCAUUUCGAGAGCUAAAUUUUGUUAAAGAUAUCCAAUACAGCCUUCAUAGACUUUUGCUUGACUUCCACCCUGAACUUCAUGAGUUAGAUUCAAAUAUGUAUGGUCUGUGCUCGGUCUUGUUCAUCUUUGAUGGUCUGGAUGAAAGCCGAAUUACAUGGAAUUUUUCAGACACAGAAAAAGUCUCUGAUGUGUCUACAACGUCAUCCAUUUGCACAUUGAUGUCUAACGUCAUCCAAGGAGAGCUGCUGCCUUCUGCUCGGAUCUGGAUAACAUCUAGACCUGCCGCUGCCAGUCAGAUCCCCUCUCUGUACGUCAGUCGUGUGACAGAAGUUCAGGGAUUCAACGACCCUCAGAAGGAGGAAUAUUUCAGGAAGAGAAUUACAGAUCAGGAUCAAGCCACCAUAAUCAUCUCACACAUAAAGAAAACCAAAAGCCUUUACAUCAUGUGUCACAUACCGGUUUUCUGCUGGAUCACAAGCACCGUGCUUCAAAACAUCCUGCAAGAAGAUCACAGUGCAAAAAUCCCCAAAACUCUUACCGAAAUGUACAUACAUUUCCUGAUCAUUCAGAUCAGUUUGAAAAGGCAGAAGUAUGAUAAGAGUGAUCUAAAAAAUGGGAAAGAUACAAAAUUGCUAUUGGAGUCAAAUAGCAAUGUGAUUUUGAAACUUGCUGAACUGGCUUUCAAAGCUCUAUUAAGUGGUAACGUCCUAUUUUAUGAUGAGGAUCUUCGAGCGAUUGGUAUAGAUGUCAAGGAGGCUUCAGUGUAUUCUGGGAUCUGCACUGAGAUUUUUAGGGAGGAAUCAGUGAUCUAUUCAAAGACGGUCUACUGCUUUGUGCAUUUGAGCUUUCAAGAGUUUUUCGCAGCAGUUUAUGCAUUUUCCAACUAUUCACGCAAGAACACAGAUGCUCUGAAAAUGUUUCAGAAAAAGAAAGGAAGAGGAAAGAUCAGUUUCCAGUCCGGUGACGUUCCCCUCGAUGUGUUUCUGAAGGGUGUGACAAAUGAAGCCCUGAAGAGUAAAAAUGGACAUCUGGAUCUUUUUCUUCGAUUUCUUCAUGGCAUCUCCCUCGAGUCAAAUCAGAAGCUUCUCCAAGGUGUGCUGACACACGUGGAGAACAACGCAGAAAGCUUCAAGAAAGUGAUCAAAAACCUCAGACAAGGUCAAAAACAAGACGUUAAGCCUGAACGAUGGAUUAAUCUCUCACACUGCUUGUUUGAAAUGAAGGACAACUCUAUUCUUGAAGAGAUUCAAGAGAGUUUCAAAUCUGAAGGGAGAGUGAGAUAUCUUUCUUCUGCACAUUGUUCAGCUUUGGCUGAUAUGAUCCUAAUGUCAGAAGAUGUCCUGGAAGAGUUAAACCUCAAGAACUACAAAACAACAUCCAUGGAGGCUCAAAGGAGACUGAUACCAGCUGUGAGGAACUGCCGAAGAGCACUAUUGGCAGGCUUUAAUCUCACUGAGCAGGCAUGUGAAACUGUGGCUUCGGCGCUGCAGUCGGAAAACUCCCCUGUGAGAGAGCUGGACAUGAGUAACAAUGAUCUCCAGGAUUCAGGAGUGAAGAUGCUGUCUGCUGGACUGAAUAAUCCACAAUGUAAACUGGAGAUACUGAGAUUGAAAUGCUGUAAGCUCACCAUGCAGUCCUGUGAAAGUGUGGCAUCUGCUCUGCUAACAGCACAUUCAUGCAUGAAAGAGCUGGACCUGAGUUACAACGAUCUUCAGGAUUCAGGAAUGAAGAUGCUGUCUGCAGGACUGAAGAGUCCCGACUGUAAACUGGAGAUACUGAGAUUGGCUGGCUGCAAUAUCAGUGAUCAGUCCUGUGAUACUCUGGCGAGAGUUUUACCAUCAUUAAACAACAUGACAGAGCUGGACCUGAGUAACAAUGAGCUGCAGGAUUCAGGAGUGAAACUGCUGUCUGCUGGACUCAAGAGUUCACACUGUAAACUUGAGAUACUAAGAUUGGCAAGCUGUAAUCUCACGGAUGAGUCCUGUGAAACUGUGGCAUCAGUUCUACAAGCAAAAAACUGUCACCUGAACGAGCUGGACCUGAGUAACAAUGAUCUGCAGGAUUCAGGAGUGAAGCUUCUCUCUGCUGGACUGAAGAGUCCUCACUGUAAACUUGAGAUACUGAGAAUUGCCAUCUGUAAUCUCACUGCCGGGUCCUGUGAACAUUUGUCAUCACUUUUACAAUCAGCAGACUCACUUUUGAAAGAGUUGAACCUGAACAAGAAUGACCUACAGGAUUCAGGGGUGCAGCUGCUUUCUGAGGGACUACAGAGUUCGAACUGUAAACUGGAGAAAUUAAGACUGUACGGGUGUUUUCUCACAGAGAGCAGCUGUUCUUUUCUGGCAUCGGCUCUGAUGUUAAACCCCUCACAUUUGAGAGAGCUGGACAUGAGCUGUAAUGGCCCACGAGAGUUUGGUGGGAAGUUGCUGGCUGAGAGACUAAAGGAUCCAACCUGCAAACUGGAGAAACUUAAUGUGGAACAUGAGGGGAAGUUCAGGAUUAUUGCAGGAUUACGAAAAUGUACCUGCAAGCUCACACUUGACCCCGACACCGCACACAGACAUCUCGCUCUGUCUGAGCAAGACACCAAGGUGACACACACAGAAGAGGAGCAGUCCCGUCCAGAUCAUCCAGAGAGAUUUGAGUGCUUUCCUCAGGUUCUGUGCAGAGAAAGUCUCUCUAAAUGUUGUUCAUGGGAGAUCGAAUGGAAUGGUAGGAGGGGCGCCUAUGUUUCAGUGUCAUAUAAAGGAAUCGGGAGGAAAGGAGAGAGUAAACAAUGUGAGUUUGGAUCCAAUGAAAAAUCCUGGAGACUUAUGUGCUCUGAUACUGGCUUUGAAGUUUGCACAAUAAUGAAGGAAUUAAAAUUCGUCCUCCUUCAUCCGCAUCACGUUCUAAAAGAGUUGGUGUGUAUCUGGAUUGGCCGGCUGGCGCUUUGUCUUUCUACAGCGUCUCUGACACAAACAGACUCGUGACACAUUUACACACAUUUUACUCCACAUUCACUGAACCUCUCUGUGCAGGAUUUGCUCUUUAUUCUGGCUCCUCAGUUGCUCUUCAGUCUGUAUCAGAAUCAA